AUGUUAAGAUGUGCAAUAUCCUACCCUACUAUCCAAUGCGAAUGCAAUCCACCCACUAGUUCACCAAUUAGGAAAUACCUGCAAGACUACCGAUGCAGAGCAAUCAGAAAAAAUCCAGUUUAUCCCAAAUGUGCAAACUACCACCCCUCUGCGUGGUCCCCGAAUUCACAGGUUUUGCUUAGUAACAUGAACAGCAUGAAAGAUCAUUACUUUGACCGUGUACAUUUUGGGUCAAAUCAUCCCGAUAAUAAACGAUGCAAUGAGCUCAAACAAUUUGAAGAUUGGAUAGAAAAAAAUCGCGCAUCCUACAAGGAUAUGGUUGGAACCCUCUUCCAACCCGAGUGCUGCUGCCUAUCUAUCCCACCAGCACGAAGGAUUCAGCAGAAAUACUGUUUCUGA